AUGCUUCUCGCCUCGCCGCUGACCGCCGCCGCCGCCGUGGUGCUGCUGGCGGCGGUCUACCUGGUGCGCUGCCUGCGAUCCCCGCUCGCCAGGCUGCCCGGGCCGUCCGUCUCCAAGUACACGUCGCUAUGGCUCAAGUGGAACGAGAUGAACGCGACCAGGACCGUCUACAUCCAUGCUCUGCACCGCCAGUACGGGCCCGUGGUCCGGUUGGCGCCAAACGAGGUCGCCUUUACGUCGUGGGCCGCCAUCAAGGAGAUUUACUGCGCUGGAGGCAGCGGAUACGACAAGACAGAGUUUUACGACAUGUUUAGGAUUUAUGGUCGACGAACCAUGUUCACCACGCUGAACAAGGCAGAUCAUGCGAAACGGAAGCGUAUCCUUGCGGAUCGCUAUGCCAACACGAAUAUUCUCAGAAGCGCCUCUAUGGACGGCAUUCGGGAACGGUCGGCCAAGUUCGUGCGCCGUUGCGCCUCAUCCUCUGGUCCCGCCGACGUUUUUGUGAGUGACCUUGAGCUGCAACGCAUAUGGUCUUUACAUGCCUACGCCUGUGACUGCAUUACCCAUCAUCUGUUCCAUCCCCGCGGCACCGAUUGUCUGGACAACCAAGAUGAUGAGAACAUGAUGCACCAAAUAGCAUCGGACGAUAGUCUACAAAACCGUCUCAUCUCCCACUACGUUCCCAUGCUGCACCGCAUGUUGGGCAGCCUCCUGUACUUGUUCGCCAAGCCACGGGAAACACCACUGGCCGACAAUUAUGUUCUGGAAACGAGUCGAAGCCACGACCCUGCCGUAUUCACUCUGAUGAGCCGUCUGGAGGAAAAAUCGGCCGAGCUGGAGCCUAUUGACAUGGCGGCUGAGUGCCUCGACCACAUGGCGGCCGGCAUUGACACGACGGGCGACGGGCUGUGCUUCCUGCUGUGGGAGCUGUCGCAGCCGAGGUCCAAGAAAAUACAAGAGAAGCUGGCUGAGGAGCUGAUCGCCAAACCUCAGGCACCGCUGGACCAACUCCCGUACCUGGACGCUGUCGUGUGCGAGGGCCUCAGGUGCUACCCGCCAAUCCCUAUGUCGCUCCCGCGCUACGUUCCGGAGGGUGGCCGGGUGGUGGAUGGCCACUGGCUUCCCAAGAAGACGAUUGUCAGCUGCCAGGCGUUUUCAGUGCACCGAAUAAACGACGAAUUGUUCCCUGAACCAGACUCUUUCAAGCCGGAGCGCUGGCUGCAGGAAGAGGGGGAUGCGGAUCGCCGGCGAGUGUUGUUUGCUUUUGCGAAUGGCGGGCGAGGAUGUAUUGGAAAGCACCUGGCUCUUGCGGAAAUGAAGACUCUGCUCCGGGACGUCUACUCGAGAUUCAUCACUUUGCCCGACGCGUCGAUGAAGGAGGAAGCGAUGGAGAUGUCCGAUCAGCUCAUUUCGGCUAGACCUUUAGGACAAAGGUGCCUGUUGCAUUUUCGGCCUCGGAAAGGCAGCAGUGGUAAUUGA